GGGCGUGAACCGGAAGUGCAAGCGUCCUGCUUCUCCUCCGCUAGGCGGAACCUGCUCUGCUGGGCCCAACGGUUGCAAAAGAACUUUCUCCUGCCCGAACGGUAGCCGCGGUCCCCAGUCUCGUCCACUCGGCGGCCUGAGGCACGUCAUUUCCUCGUGUCCCUCGUCGGGCCUGAUCGCCACUUCUGCCCGGCCCUCCGGCCCACCCUGCUGCAGUCAUGUGCGACAAGGAGUUCAUGUGGGCCCUGAAAAACGGAGACUUGGAUGAGGUGAAGGACUAUGUGGCUAAGGGAGAAGAUGUCAACCGGACACUAGAGGGUGGGAGGAAGCCUCUUCACUAUGCUGCAGAUUGCGGACAGCUUGAAAUCCUGGAAUUUCUGCUGCUGAAAGGAGCAGAUAUUAAUGCUCCAGAUAAACAUCAUAUUACCCCUCUUCUGUCUGCUGUCUAUGAGGGUCAUGUUUCCUGUGUGAAAUUGCUUCUGUCAAAGGGUGCUGAUAAGACUGUGAAAGGCCCAGAUGGACUGACCGCCCUUGAAGCCACUGACAACCAGGCAAUCAAAGCUCUUCUCCAGUGAUAGAUGGAUGGACAGACUGAUAACUUGGGAAGAAUGACUCUCCUGUGGCCUCACACUGCUGCCUGUCUGUCUGUCACUUUCUAUCUGCCAGCUUCUUCAGCUAAAUACUUUAAGAGAGUGAAGGGAGAGAGAAAUUCGUAACAAAUCAGACUGCCGGGGGGGGGGGAAUAAAACAUGUUUUGGAGGAGCAGCGGGGAAUGUGAUGAGACUUUUACUGGGACUCCUGAUCAAACCAGCCUGUUUUUCAUUUCCAGUAAAAUAUACAGCUUAUUCCCAAGGGAGAGCAAAAAUACAAUAUAGUCUAUUGGAAUCAUUGGACCUUUCAGCUCCCUAGCUAAUUUAUUAAUUAGUGUAUUGAAGGUCUGACUAUACAAGGCCGACUCUACUUAUUUGGUAGCCCUAGCUGUGAGCAGUAGUGGCUGCUGUUAUGUCAACAUAGGGUGCUGAGAUAAGCAAUUAGCUAUAUCCUUCUGCCUUAAGAAUGCACUCUCCUGGGGGCUCCUGGCUAGUUAAGAGCGGUUAGUGACCAAAAUCUCUCUUGAAUGACUUUAAUCUUUAUGUAAGAGCUUAGAUAAGGUAAGGAGCAGCGCACUCCUAAAUUGCUGGACGACUAAACUUUGGAUUUUCUCUCCCCUUUCACAUCAAUUUCAUGUCUCUUUAGAUAAAACUGACUAGUUUUAUUUAUAAAAUGUUAAAUUCUAGGAGCCUAAAGGAGGAAUCAUUCCAGUAGGCUUAUUUCUUUUUCCUCCUUUAGACUCAGACAUUUAUAUAACAUGGAAACACUUUGAGACUCCUUCUGGUAGUAAAGGAGAUUUAAAAAUAAAAUCAUAGCCAUAAGCGUGUUAGUAUCUUAUAGAAAGAACAGUUGUCUUAGUCCCUAUGGAUUUUCUUCAUUUGCUAUUUGGGUGAGCCAGCCUUAGUUGUGUUUGGAGAAUGAAGAAUAUUCUUUGGAAUGCCUCUCUAAGACCCACCAUGGAUGCUGAUUUUGUAGUGCACCAAAGGUAUCACUGGGGUGAGAUGUACAUAUUUGAACAGAUGGAAUCUCAUCCCUUCAAAAACAUUCUUGUUACCAGGUUUCCCUGAGCUGGUAAUAGACUCUUGCUGGGCCAAUACCACCCACCUGCAUGGUGUUUUUAUCUUAACAAUCAUUCAUUGCAUACAUGUGACAACUUCAAAAUGCAUUCUGUGUUCUUAGAAUACAGUGCCCUAAAACAAUGUUCCUAGGACAUGCAGAUAAGAGAAACAUAUCUCUAAAUUUUUCUUUCAUGAACAAUAAAAUGAAUUAAAAUAUACAACCUUAAAUUUGACGGCCUACAUUUAAAGUAUUAAGAUGUCUUUGGCUUUUAAUUUGCCAUCUGUACAGGCUUACAAAAACUGUUAGAAUCUUUCCUUGGCCAAUCAUGCAAUAAUUGAAUGUACCUCAAAAUUUUAAAGGGCGGGUGAUGGGAUAGGGACUUAUAUUCACAUUAGGGAUAAUAAUAAUAAAAAAAACCUAACAAUGAUUUUUUAAGGCAAUGUAGCAUUAUAUAGCAGGGUUAAACUAUUACCAAGAACAGUCAGCCUGGCUAAUAACUACUAAUCAGUUGAUAGUUGGUUGGCGUGUGUGUGUGUGUGUGUGUGUGUGUGUGUGUGUGUGUGUGUGUGUUCUCCCAUGAACUCUUUUUUAUCCUGUGGCUUUUUCACUUUCAACUAGCCUGCCCCUGUAGUUUUUCUAUGUCCAAGAAAACAAUCACAAAACAGUAGUUUAAAUACUUUGAUAUAUUUGGCUAACUCUGCUGUCUUAAUGCAGCCUACUACAGUUGAAUAUCCUACACUUAAUCUUAGCCAAAAGGCCAAGAAGCUAUAGAGUUGGACAUUCUGCUAGGAAGUGGAAGGCACGUGAUCAGUCUAUGAGUCAAUAUAAUGCAACAGGGUGUUUUGAGACCUUUGUUUUCACCUCUUGGCAUACUACUAUUUUAAAGGCUUGAAUUUUACCCUUUACACAAUUUUCAAUUUUUCUUUUAAAGUGUUCUGUUAUAGUUGGCUAUUGCAGAGUGUAUAUUGUCUUAUCAUUCCUGAACUUGGGUCUGCUUUCUACAGAAAUUAUGGUACCAAAACCAUAUGAUUCUUUGUACAGUUUAUCCCGGUGUUCCUUGUAAUGCAGUAGAGGCUAUUUUGCCUUCCCCCCUUUGUUGGCUAUUUUGUAAACUCAUAGCUAUGAAGUGAUUGCUUGAGAAAAUAGCAUAUAAACAUAGACUAGGAUAGACUGACCAGGAUGGUUUACAGUUUCUUUAAAAAAAAAAAAUAAACAAAAAAAAACUAGGUUAUUUAUAAUGUAUUUCUGAACCACUUGGCAGAGAAAUUCAUGACACUUAAUGUUAAUAUUUUUGAAUAAAUGAAGCUAAAAUGUCUGCUUUUGGUACUACACGCAUUAAUAAAAGGUUAAGUUUUGUUUUCCA